AUGGAUUCCACACCGAAGUGGAGUAAUUUACCGUCCGGACCGACUCUCAAGCAUCUGGCCGAAGUCGGUUUCGGCAUUCCCAAAAGCAAACAACAUGCCGCUGUUCAGGAGCUUGUUAAAGCUCACGUUGAAUCGUUUGAUAACGCGGUCACCGAUGGACUUUCCAGGGCAGUACAGGCAAUCCCUCCAUUGGAGUUCAUGGUCAAAAACGAGCGGAUCAGUCUGGCGUUCGCUGAAGCCGUCAUUCAUAAGCCAGUCGUUGCCAAAGGAACCAUUAGUCAGGACCUGAGCAUAUUUCCUGCAGAGUGUAGGGGCAGGCGCUGCUCCUACAGAGGGAAACUUGUGACUGAUGUGUGCUGGUCAGUUAAUGGCAUCCCCAAAGGCAUCAUCAAGCAAUCUAUGGGCCUGGUGCCCAUCAUGGUGAAGUCUAAACUGUGCAAUCUUCAUGGACUCUCCCCCAAAGAGCUCAUUGAGCACCACGAGGAGGCAGAGGAAAUGGGAGGCUAUUUCAUUGUGAAUGGAAUUGAGAAGGUUAUCCGGCUGCUCGUGAUGCCCAGAAGAAAUUAUCCCAUCGCAAUGGCUCGGCCGAAAUGGAAAAGCAGAGGCCAGGGUUACACUGAAUAUGGCAUUUCAAUACGCUGUGUGAAGGAUGAACACACAGCCAUCAACAUGAACCUCCACUACUUGGACAACGGGGCUGUGAUGGUCAACUUCAUCCACCAGAAGGAGCUCUUCUUCAUCCCACUGGGCUUUGCAUUAAAGGCCCUCGUUGACUUCACAGACUUCCAGAUCUAUAAGGAGCUGAUCAAGGGCCGUGAGGAGAAUACGUUCUACAGGAGCUGUGUUUCAGACAUGCUGCGUCUAGUCAUGGAAGAGGGCUGCACCAGCCGGCAGAAGGUUCUGGGCUACCUGGGGGAGCGCUUCCGCGUCAAGCUGAACCUGCCUGAGUGGUACACUGAUGAACAGUGUGGCAGCCUGCUGCUCGACCACUGCCUCUGUAUCCACCUGAAGUCGGACAUGGAGAAGUUCUACCUGCUGUGCCUGAUGACGCGUAAGCUCUUCACCUUCGCCAAGCAGGGCUGCAUGGAGGAAAACCCAGACAGCUUGAUGUGCCAGGAGGUGCUCACCCCCGGCGAGCUAUUCCUGAUGUUUCUGAAGGAAAGAAUGCAGGCAUGGAUGGUUUCGGUGAAAUUCGCCUUUGACAAGCGGGCCCACCGGCUCACCAGCAGCAUUAACUCAGACGGCCUCCUCAAAAUGUUCAACAUGGGCACGGACCUCACCAAACCGUUUGAGUACCUCAUGGCCACGGGCAACCUCGUCUCGAAGUCCGGUUUGGGCUUAAUGCAGAGCUCCGGCCUGACCGUCGUGGCUGACAAGCUGAACUUUGUCCGCUACCUGUCCCACUUCCGCUGCGUGCACAGGGGUGCCGCAUUUGCCAAGAUGCGGACCACGUCAGUCCGCCGGCUCCUGCCCGAGUCCUGGGGCUUCCUGUGCCCCGUGCACACCCCGGACGGGGAGCCCUGUGGCCUCAUGAACCACAUGACGGCCCACUGUGAGAUCGUGAACACCGUCCACCCGACGGUGAGCCUGCCGGCUCUGCUCUGCUCCCUCGGUAUGACGCCAGUAGAUGGUACCCCUAGCCAGCCUUACUCAGACUGCUACCCGGUGGUUAUCGACGGGGCCAUGGUCGGCUGGGUGGAGAAAGACCUCGCACCUUCCCUGGCCAACACUCUUCGGAGUUUCAAGGUGCUGAAGCAAAGGAAGGUCCCUCCUUGGAUGGAGAUCGUUCUGGUGCCGCACACAGGCAAAGCCAGCAUUUAUCCCAGCCUGCUGUUUUUCACCACCCCCAGCCGGAUGGUACGACCCGUCCAUAACGUGACCCUGGGCAAGCAAGAGCUCAUCGGCACCUUUGAGCAGCUCUUCAUCAACGUGGCUAUAUUUGAGAGUGAGAUUGAGCCGGGAGUGACUACACAUCAGGAACUGUUCCCCCACAGUAUGCUGAGUGUGGUUGCCAACUUCAUCCCCUUUUCUGACCACAACCAGAGUCCCAGGAACAUGUACCAGUGUCAGAUGGGCAAACAGACAAUGGGCUUUCCGCUGCAUUCGUACCUGGACCGUACCGACAACAAAUUGUACCGUCUGCAGACACCCCAGAGUCCCAUAGUCCGGCCCUACAUGUACGAUCAUUACAACAUGGACAACUAUCCAAUCGGCACCAACGCCAUCGUGGCAGUCAUCUCGUACACAGGCUACGAUAUGGAAGACGCCAUGAUUGUGAACAAGGCAUCGUGGGAGAGGGGUUUUGCCCAUGGCUGUGUGUACAAGACUGAGCUGCUGGACCUGAAGACCAAGAUGAAGGAUGUUGAUGGCCUGGUGUUUGGGGUGAAACCUGGUGACCCCAAGGUGAUGGACAAGCUGGACUCUGACGGCCUUCCUCCUGUGGGGUCUGUGCUGCAGUAUGGAGACCCCUACUACAGCUGCAUCAACCUCAACACCGGCCAGAGCUUUAUCACCUACUACAAGAGUAAGGAGAGCUGCGUCGUGGACAACAUCAAGGUGUGCAGCAACGACAUGGGGACAGGCCGCUUCAGCCGCGUGUGCAUGACCAUGCGAGUGCCGCGUAACCCCACCAUCGGCGACAAGUUCGCCAGCCGCCAUGGCCAGAAGGGCAUCCUGAGCCGGCUGUGGCCCGCCGAGGACAUGCCCUUCACGGAGAGCGGCAUGACGCCGGACAUCCUGUUCAAUCCCCACGGCUUCCCGUCGCGCAUGACCAUCGGCAUGCUCAUCGAGAGCAUGGCAGGCAAGUCGGGCGCUUUGCACGGUCUGUGCCACGACGCCACGCCCUUCACCUUCUCUGAGGAGUGCCCCGCCCUCGAGCACUUCGGUGCCAUGCUCCAAGCUGCGGGCUACAACUACUACGGCACGGAACGGCUCUACAGCGGGCUCAGCGGGCUGGAGCUGGAGGCCGACAUCUUCAUCGGCGUGGUGUAUUACCAACGCCUUCGCCACAUGGUUUCCGACAAGUUCCAGGUGAGGACCACGGGCACUCGGGACAAGGUGACCAACCAGCCACUAGGAGGCCGCAACGUCCAGGGGGGCAUCCGCUUCGGGGAGAUGGAGAGGGACGCCCUGCUGGCCCACGGCUCCUCCUUCCUGCUGCACGACCGCCUCUUCAACUGCUCGGACCGCUCCGUAGCCCAAGUGUGCCUGGACUGUGGUAGCCUGCUGUCGCCCCUCUUAGAGAAACCUCCGCCCUCCUGGUCGGCCACACGCCACCGGAAGACCAUCUGUACCCUGUGCGGGAAGGGCAGUGCCAUAGACACUGUGGCCUUGCCCUACGUGUUCCGGUACUUUGUCGCUGAGCUCGCCGCCAUGAACAUCAAGGUCAAACUGAAUGUCAAGUGAUUGCUGCCGUUCUAGCCUAGAGUACAAUCACAGGUCUCAUUCAUGGAUUUCUGUGAAUUAUGGAGACUUGACUGGACUUGGUUUGGUGUAAAAGUAAAAAGGCAAUAUUUUCUAUUUUUAUGCCACCGUUGCUUAUAAGACAGGCUAUAUAAUAUCACUCCUCUGAGGAAAAUGUGAGAGUGAGAUCACACUAUUUGUAAUAUAAUAUGUGUAUCUGCUGUGUUGAUAUUACUGAGGUUUUCAAGCAUCCUUUGAAAGCACUGAGACAAUAGUUGUUUUAUUUUAAAUGCAGACCAUACCCCAGAUUUAAAAUCCCUGCAGAGAAUUGGUAAUAGCAGAUAGUUAUGUCAGCUAAAGAAAUGCAUCCAGUUUUUCCUAAUAAACCCAACUGAUUGAAUGGUA